AAAAACAAAAAAAAACUGUAGGGAAAAAUAGCCAAUAGUUUGGAAUUUUUAAUACGACGCCGUUUCACAAUACUUAGCGAAACCCAGAAGGGAUGGUAAACGGCGUCGUUUUGAAUGUUUCACUCACCGAACUGAUAUGUUGUGGACUACCCAAAGACAAUCGUGGUUGUCGGCCGAUUCGCAGACUCAGUGAAGCGAUUUCAUGUGGGCGGCUGUACGAUCUCGAUCGCUGUACGUUUCCUCGUCGGCAUCAUCUUCUCUUUCCAAUUGGUCAUGGAAGCUAGGGUUCUCUGCUUCACGUCAGACGUUCUCUUCAUCUAGUGCCGACAGCAGUAGCAGUAGCAGCAGCAGCAGCAGAGAGUUGCUGAGCCUACAAGAGAUCGAGAAAGUUCUGAACGACGUCAAAGCAGAUAACGUAUCGGUGAUUCCGGUGGGUAAACAAUGCGAUUGGGCGGAUUUCAUGGUUAUUGCCACCGGUCGAUCGACAUGGCACGUCAAGAACAUCGCCCAAGCCCUAGUUUACAAGGUGCUCUUUGUUUUCCCUCAAAUUUCAGAUUCUCCAAUACUCCAUUUGCUUGCAGAGAAUAUGCAGUAAAAAAGAUGUUUCUUCAUUUUAGUUGAAGCAAGCUAAUUUAAUUUGUUCUAAUAUGCUUUGAUUUGAUGAAUAUACUGUAUUUGCUGUACUUCUAGAAUAAAUUCAUACAGAAGCAUACAUACGAAAUAAGAAAAGAGUUAAGCUUAUUUUUUCUGUUUGGUUGUGGGGGAAAUUGGGAAAAGGUAAGGAAAUGAGAAGUUAAAAUCUUUUUGAGAAGAAAAUUUUUGCUUCCUGUUGCCAUUUGUAACAGUUUUGUUUUUUGUUGAAUAAGCUGGGAAUAGCUCUAUGGGGAAAUCAAUUUUGGGAAUAUCUCAGAAACAGGGUCCAGGUUUCAGUUGGUUCAUUUUCCUCCCUAAUAUUAUUUGGUGUGCAAACCCAGUGUUUUGUUUCAAUAGUAGUAUUUUCAGUAACGUGUGAAGAAACAUGACCUUUUAUCUUUGUGUAUGUUGUGAUUGUCCUUAAUUGCAAGAGCAGGCUAAGCAAAAGCAACAAGGAGCUAAGCGGUUGGUGCUACCCAGUGUAGAAGGGCAAGAGACGGGAAAAUGGAUUGUUAUUGAUUCUGGUAGAGUAAUAGUUCAUGCUCUUGAUGAGAAGGCUAGAGCUUAUUACGGUCUGGAAAACCGUUGGACAACAGAAACAACUCAGGAACCAACUGAGGAGUUAGGAAAAGCUUUCAUGAAAGUUCGACGAAUCAAUAAUUCCAAGAAGCCGGCCCAAAGAAGUGCAUAAUCCAAGGAAGUUAUUCCCUAUGAGCUGCGUGAUUAAAUUUUGCGGUUGUUGCUUCACAAAGCUUUGUGCUUGUAGUUUGAAAGGUGUAAAUCUGAUUUCUGAUUCUGAUUAAUAGUUCUCUCUAGAGUUGCCUCUGUUAUGUUAAUGCCUGUCCUGUAAGGCUGUAAGCCUUCAUUACAUUUUGUUGUGCUCCUCUCCGGACGAGAGUGUCCCAAACUCUACCAAGAAAAGAAAUAUUUUGAUUUUGAUUAUUAAUGGUGAGAAAUUGAGGAUACUUAUUUAUUGUUUUAUAUUGGUGGAUAAUUAUAAAUUUCAAGUGGCUGC